UGUUAUAGCAGCAAAGGGAAGACCAACUCCAUAUUAAUGCCGACGAUUUUGCAUUGAGAUGUUUGACGAGCAGGUGUCCACAUACUUUUGUUUAUGUAAUGUAGCUACAUUGUUAGAUGUCCGCAGUAUUGUCAAUAACUGACUUGUUGUAUUACUGUUUCAUUACAGCCGUAGCCAUGAGUUCAACCUGUCCGGGACAUUAUUGUGGCAAGAUGUUGAUAAAUGGCUCGUUUGAUGGAGAAUGUGGGAGGAGAGAAGACAAACAUGCAGAAGAUCUGUGAGAAGUGUACAGAAUCCCCUGAACUUUAUGACUGGCUGUACCUGGGCUUCAUGGCAAUGCUGCCACUGGUUCUACACUGGUUCUUCAUCGAGUGGUACUCUGGGAAGAAAAGCUCCAGUGCCCUCUUCCAACACAUCACAGCCCUGUUUGAGUGCAGCGCUGCGGCUAUGGUGACUCUGCUGGUCAACGACCCAGUGAGUCUGCUGUCUAUCAGGUCCUGCAGAGUCCAGAUGCUUUCAGACUGGUACACCAUGCUGUACAACCCCAGCCUAGACUACAUCACCACUCUACACUGUACACAGGAAGCUGUCUUUCCCCUGUACACUAUAGUGUUGAUCUACUACGCCUUCUGCCUGGUGUUCAUGAUGCUUCUGCGUCCACUCCUGGUCAAGAAGAUCGCCUGUGGUCUGGGGAAAUCUGACCGCUUCAAGAGCAUCUACGCUGCUCUCUACUUCUUCCCCAUCCUGACAGUCCUGCAAGCUGUGGGAGGCGGCCUGCUCUAUUAUGCUUUUCCAUACAUUAUUUUGGUGUUGUCCCUGGUUACUCUGGCAGUGUACAUGUCAGCGUCAGAAAUACAGUCUUUCAAGAAUCUCGUUGCCAAGAAGAAGAGGUUGGUGGUGCUCUUCAGCCAUUGGCUCCUUCACGCGUAUGGCAUCAUCUCCAUCUCCCGAUUGGAUAAACUGGAGCAGGACCUACCUCUAUUGGCCCUGGUACCUGGACCCGCCCUUUUCUACCUGCUCACUGCCAGGUUCACUGAACCUAGCCGGAUUCUGUCAGAAGGCGGCAACGGCCACUAGAACUAUUAUAGAUGGAUGUGGGUAUUUAAGUUAGACUCAGGGAAUUGAUGUUGCCACGAGCAGCACCGCAGAUAUUGAGAUGAGCGUGAUGCAAGACUUCAGUCACACGCCUUAUCUGUGCAUGUUCACGGGUACACUUCACCCUCUUACAGCAUGGGAGACGCUGGACUAAAACAGUGGAGAAGUUGAGCUUUGUGCGUCAACGCUCUUAGUUGUUGCGGAAAUUUACCCACUUUGUUGUUUACUUUCUGCAUCUACGUGAUAUUGCUGAGUCUACCUUUAAUGUCCACCUGUCUAUCAAUUCAGGAGGUGUUGUCCAUGGAGAUAUAUGGACGCUAGCCUUUACUGCCUUCUCUGAGUAUGGUAGGAGGAUGACUGCUGCAUGCAGUGUUGAUAGUUGAUAUUCCUCUCACAGUGAAAAGGAAGAUUUUAUGAUAUUCCUAGAACUAAGGCGGGAAUACAAACAACAUGUGUACAUACUGUAUGUCUAUAAACAACAAAGCUCCAUAUAUUUCAAGUGUUAAUUAUUGAAUGGUAUCGUUUGUGUCCACUUGAAUGUACUGUUCCUCAUUUGAGGCUGUUUUGUAUAUAGAUAUUCACUCUGUCAUAUUAUUUUGGGCUCCUGAGUGGCUCAGCGAUCUAAGGCACUGCAUCUCAGUACUAGAGACAUCACUACAGACCCUGGUUCGAUCCUGGGCUGUAUCACAAUCGGCCAUGAUUGGGAGUCCCAUAGGGUGGCGCACAAUUGGCCCAGCGUCAUUAGGGUUUGGCCCGGGGGAGGCUGUCAUGGUAAAUAAGAAUUUCUUCUUAACUGACUUGCCUAGUUAAAUUAAAAAAUCAUAUAUGCUCAACAUCCUUGAUUGUUUUAAGCUCAGAUAUCCUUGAUUGUUGCAGUGAAAUCAAAGAUGGUCUCUGGAAUGUCCAAUAGUUUAAGUUGAGUUAGAUGUUCUUGAACUAAAUCUAAUGUGCCAAAAACUCUCAACACAUGCAUACGUCCAGUGGCAGAUUGAAUAGUUUAUUAUUACCUAAUAUUAUGUUACAAGCCAAGUGGAAUAUAUUUCCAUUAUUUUUGCUUGAUCAAAAAUGGAAUGAAAAUUAUCCUGCUGUUUCCCUGUAAAUGAUGUUGGGGAAAUACGCUUGUUGGAUAGUAAAUUGUGAAUGUAUUUUAUGCAUGCUCAUAGAAUGCUUGUAAA